UCUACUUUCAUCGCGUCGCGUUGUCAAAAAGUCUGUCGGUUCGUCGCUGUUCGUUCGCAGCAGAAUUUAAAAUUUCGAUAAAACGCUGAAAAUAAGUGAAUUUUCUAUUAAAAAUGAGUUCCAAAUCAAAGCGUGGCGAUAACUCUGGCAAGGAUGAUGAGCCGGUCAAGAUCAACAAAUGGGACGGAACUGCCGUCAAGCACGCCCUGGACGAUUCCGUCAAGACCGCCCUCAUGAACCGGACCAACAUGAAGGAGCACCACGCCAUCAUCGACGGGCGGCUGUUGAUCUGCGCCCUGGCCGUGGCCACCGCCCUGGUUGCUCUCGGCUAUGACUACCAGUAUUCUUUCCCCACGUCCAAACCGGUGCUGAUUGUGUGCGUUUGCUUCUACUUCUUCCUGAUGGGAGUGCUGACCAUCUACACGACCUACGUGGAGAAGGGCAUCUUCGCCGUCGGCAAUCAAAAGGACGACAAGGGCAACGUGAAGCGCUGGCAGGCCAGUUCCGACAUGAAGAAGUACGACGACAAGUAUGAGCUGACGAUCCAGCUGCGGGACUCGCGAGGAGUGCGAGAGGCCACCGUCGUCAAGUCCGUUGCCAACUUCAUCGACAACAAUGGGUCCGUGCUGGAUGAUUUGGUGGCCAACGAGUUGAGCCGUAUUGUGAACUCGCUGAAUUUCGAGAAGAAGGACAAGUAGGAGGAGUGUAUUGAAUCUAAACGGGGUCGAUGCUUUUGAUGCCGCCCCACCUCAUUAAGGCUGUUUAGGUGAGUGUGAAGUCCAAAAUUGAUGAUCUUCAUUAAACAUUGUGUAGAUGUGAA